CGCAGGAGGAGCGUUCGCUUUCCUCACCGGGCGGAACCUCUGACGUGUCAUUCCGUCGCCAUUUUUCCUGCUGACGGACGGCACCGCCUGUCGUCAGGAAGCGCACCAGCACCUGUGUCAUUUCAGCGGGAGUAGAACCGAGUCCCCAGUCGCCAUGGGGAACAUAUUUCAGGGGCUCUUCUCAAUGUUCACCAAGAAGGAGAUGAGGAUCCUGAUGGUGGGUCUGGACGCCGCCGGCAAGACGACCAUUUUGUACAAGCUCAAGCUGGGCGAGAUUGUGACCACCAUCCCCACCAUUGGUUUCAACGUGGAGACCGUCGAGUACAAGAGCAUCAGCUUCACAGUGUGGGACGUGGGUGGUCAGGACAAGAUCCGUCCGCUGUGGCGUCACUACUUCCAGAACACACAGGGUCUCAUCUUUGUGGUGGACAGCAACGACAGAGAGCGGAUCGGUGAGGCUUGUGACGAGCUCAUGAGGAUGCUGGCGGAAGACGAGCUGCGUGGCGCCGUGCUUCUGGUGUUUGCCAACAAACAGGACCUUCCCAACGCCAUGAGCACGUCAGAAAUCACAGAGAAAUUGAAACUUCCCACGCUGCGCAACAGACACUGGUACAUCCAGUCCACCUGUGCCACCACCGGCGACGGCCUGUAUGAAGGACUGGACUGGUUGUCCGCUCAGCUGAAGAAAGUCUCGCACUAGUCAGGCCCCGGCACCGACCAGACGCUGCACUGUCCAAUGUACUGCCUUGUAAAGUCACCGCUUUGUAAUCCCGCCAUUGUAAAUAUGUAAUGUCCAGUUGCAGGCCGUAACGGCGACGCAUCAUGCACCGCAGUGAUGCGCCAACGUUGACCGUCCUGUUGCACUGGGAUCAGGUGCCUUUGCAACUGGCGCUGGGUGAGUUUGAGACCAAUCAUUCCACUGGUGAGAGCGCGGCUAUGUUUUGCACACGUCAGCCUCGGGAGGAGGAAGAGGAGGAGGAGGAGGAGGGGGGUGGGGGAAAGAUUCCGAAGAUCAGUGGCCUUGAACCAGUGCUUUCCUAUUAGGGUGUUUUUACUUCUCUGCUGUUGAGGGUUUUUAUGUCUUAAGGUUUGACUGCAGUACAAUCUGUGAUGUUUGUUUUCUGGAGGCGAAGCACUGCAGUGCUUUCAAACUAUGCAAUAAAUAAUCAGUCAGGGUUGUUGGGAAAACACGUGGCCAUAAUAAUAAUGAUAAUGAAGCCGCUGAAGCUGGCUGCUCGCACUGCCUUUAUUUAACGUCCCCGCUGCGGUUCAGGAUGAUCUUUUCACGCCUUCGAUCAUCUGGACUCGGAGAGAAAACUCGUGCUCGUGCUCUGAUUUGUCAUUGAUUUCUGUUUCUCUAUUAAACUGAACUGUUGGAACAUGUUCUUGUUUGGUCCAUUCUGAAGUUGUGU